AUGGGAUUCUUUGAUGAAAUAAGAUCGCGUAAUUUCUCAUUUUAUGCUCAAUGGCUUGGAAUCAUCUCCAUUAUUUUAUUAAUUAUUCUUGGUGUGUUCAGUUUAACAAGCAAUCUACCUUUUGCGAUUAUUGGAUGGAUAAUAGCUUUUAUAUUAUUUUUUGUUGAAGUACCUUUCUGUACAAAGAUUUGCCCUACAAGCCCAAGAUUUGAUGCAUUUAUUGCUCGAUUUGAAAACAGUUAUUUCCGUGGUGCAGUUUACAUUAUGUAA